AUGUACUUUUUUGCUUCGGUUGGUGGUACAGAAAACAUUCUAAUCUUCAUUAUGGCAUAUGACCGAUAUGUUGCUAUAUGUGAUCCUUUACAUUAUCAGAAUAUUUUAAGUAGGAAGCACUGUAUCUUAUUGGCAUCUGCCACUUGGGCAGUAGGAUUCUUAAACUCACUUGUGUUUACAAUCCAAGCAUCACACAUGUCCUUCUGUCAGUCUCGCACCAUACACCAGUUUUUCUGUGAUGCUAAAGCUAUAAUUAACAUCUCCUGUGCUGGGAGUGCAGAGUUUUAUAUUGUCGUCUAUCUGGAAUUUUUGAUAUUAGUAUUUUUCCCAGUUAUGUUCAAUUUUACAUCGUAUAUAAAAAUUAUAUGGGUCAUUUUACAGAUCAAAUCUAAGGACGGCAGAAUGAAAGCCUUCUCCACCUGCUCAUCCCACCUCUCCAUGAUCAUUAUGUACUAUGUGACAGGUUUCUGUGAGUUUAUGAUGCCAAUUUCAGACUACUCUAAUGUACUAGAACAGGUCUUUACUGUACUGUACUCAGUUGUCACACCCAUGAUCAAUCCUCUAAUCUAUAGUCUACGGAAUAAAGAUGUAAAAAGUGCUCUGCUGAGACUACUGGGUGCUAAUUUAAAUGUUCAAAAAAGAUUAAGCUAA